AUGUAUCAGGGUGCUCAAGUCUAUAUGUCAGAGAUGGGUUUCGCUCAUAGAAAGUACUUAGCUUCCCUGAAUAUCGCCUUUAAAAUGAAGAUCGCAAUUGGUAUCUUUGUGGCUAAUCUUGUGAACUGCUACACCGACAAUAUCAAAGGUGGGUGGGGAUGGAAACUUAGCAUAGGCAUUGCUGCGCUUCCUGCUGCUAUCAUCUCUAUCGGAUCUUACUUACUCCCAGAUACUCCCAUGUCCAUGAUUAAGUUAGGUAAGUUUGACGAGGCAAAACAGUUGCUCCAACGCCUCCAUGGCACCAAUGACAGCAUUCAUAUCCUGUUUAAUGAUUUAUUAGCCGCCAAUGAAGCUUCAAAGGUUGCAAAAGGAUCUGAGAAACAAAUUAUGUCUCAAACACAGAACAGGCCUUACCGUUUGAUGGCGAUAGCUCUCCCCUUGUUCCAAAAGCUCACAGGAAAGAAUGUAAUAGUUCUCUAUGCUCCCUACCUUUUUCGAGUUAUAGGAUUUCGAACCAGCGCAGCUUUAACGUACACUGCCAUCAUUGGAGGGGUCAAUUUUGCUGCAACCAUCAUUGGCAUAAUCUCAGUAACUCGAGGUUGGAGAAGGUUUUUCCUCAUAGCGGGAGGAGUUCUAAUAUCUGUUGGUCAGGUCAUGUUGGGGAUUCUGACAUGGAUCAAAUUAGCAGGUGUGGUGAGCCGUUCUGAUGUGUAUCAUGACUACUUAAUUGUAGCCACCACAUGUGUUUGUGUUUCAGGAUUUGUGUAG